AUGGAGGUCAAACCAGUGAGCUCAAUGCUGGAAGAGGCCAAGGGCAGCCAGAGCCCGCUCAAUCGUUUUGGAGACGAUGCCCACCAGUCCAAAUUGACCCGCGCGAUUCUGGUGAAGUUGGAUACGCGGAUCCUCCCAAUGCUGGCCCUGCUCUUUCUAUGCUCAUUUCUAGAUCGAACCAAUGUGGGAAAUGCGAAGAUUUAUGGUCUGGAGAAGGAUAUCAAUAUUACUGAUAAACAGUACGAUAUUGGGUUGACCGUGUUUUAUCUCACUUAUGUGUGCAGUGAAUUGCCGAGUAAUCUUGUACUCAAGAAAGCCUCGCCGAAAAUCUGGUUGCCAUUCUUGACCGCAUUAUGGGGCAUUAUCACCAUGUGUCUGGGUUUUGUACAGAAUUUCGCCCAAUUUACGGCGGUUCGGGCCUUGCUUGGAAUCGCGGAGGGCGGUUUGCUUCCAGGAAUGGUUCUUUACCUGUCAAGCUUUUACAGGCGCGGGGAUUUGGCUUUGCGCAUUGGCCUUUUCUAUACCGCGGCUUCUUUGUCAGGGGCCUUUGGAGGUCUUCUUGCUCGGGGUCUAUCGGAAAUUGGUCCUCGAGGCGGACUGGAGGGUUGGCGAUGGAUUAUGAUCAUUGAGGGACUUCUGACCUUCUGCGGUGGCUUGCUGAGCUACGUGGUUCUCCCCAAUAGUAUCGAGACAGCUUCUUUCUUGACCGAGGAGGAGAGGGAGUUCGGACGAGAGCGCUUGCUCUUGGAUGCCCCCCCAAAGGCAGAUGGAACAAUCUCCGCCGAGAAUGACAGCUUUAGAUGGUCCGAGGUGCGCCGCGGUAUCCUGGAGCCGCAGCUGUGGCUCUCGGCAUCGGCAUAUUUCGCGAUUUUGUCUGGACUUUACUCCUUUGGCUUGUUUUUACCCACCAUUAUCCAAAGUAUGAACUUUGCCAAAACCCCCAACGAAGUGCAGCUGUGGUCGGUUAUUCCCUACGCAGUGGCUGCGGUUUUGACAGUCUUUGUCGCAUUCAUCUCCGACCGCCUCAAACUCCGUGGUGUCAUCAUGCUUUUCUCCCUCCCCAUCGCUAUAAUCGGAUACGCCGUCAUCGCUAAUACCAGCAACCCCAAAGUCCAGUAUGGUAUGACUUUCAUGAUGGCGACUGGCAUGUACGCUAGCGUGCCGUGCAUUUUGGUCUGGAUGUCGAAUAACUCGGCCGGUCACUAUAAGCGGGCCACGACGUCUGCGCUGCAGUUGGCCAUUGCCAAUUGUGGUGGAUUCGUUGCUACAUUCAAUUAUCCCGCCAAAGACAAGCCUCUGUAUCACCGUGGUCACACUAUUAUUCUUGGCCUGCUGGUCUUUGCGUGGUUUAUGAUUCUUUUCAAUGUUCUCUAUUGCGCCAAGGUGAAUCGUGAUAAGCGGAACGGAAAGUAUGAUCAGUACGCUGGAUAUGCGGAUGAUCGGAACCCGGAGUUUAAGCUCGUUCUAUAA